AUAUUAGAUAUAAAUGUUUCUUGGAGAUUUCUUCCAAGAUGUCUUCUGUUUAUGUCUCCACUCUUCACUCACUGUUUUUCUUUUUCUGUCUUUCCCCUUUUCAGCGAAAAUAAAAUCCUAAGCCAUAAAUUAUUUUUUUUAAGAAAAAUACCAGAAGUGGUAUAGUAAUAGUAGUAUUUUUACCAGAAGUGUUAAAGUACGUAACGCAACCAAAACUUGCUUUAUCUCUAAAUUGCACUCUCUCUACGCUCACCACCAGCAGUCGCCACCCUCACCGCUGCCGCUGCCGCUGCCGCCGCCGCCGCCGCCGCUGCCGCCGCCGCCGCUGCCGCCACCUCCUUUUCUCUUCUUCUCACAAAUCAAAUACCCAAACCCUAAAUUUCUUCCUUUCCCACUCUAUUCAAAUUCAUCAUUUUCUGGGAAAAUUAUAACUGAAUUUUCUUCCCCUCCUUCCCUGAAAGAAACGAAGAAGAAAUUUUUGUACGAAAGCAAAGAUAAAGAUAUGGCUUCAAUCCCAAUUCCUUCGCCUGGUAAUCUUACAUUCCCGAGCCAUCAGUUUCCGUCUAUUAAAAGAUCGUUUUGUUACCCGCCGGCGAGGUUCCCCGAUUCCACUCUAUGCCGCUGCUCCGAUAACUCUUUCGAUAACAAUUCCGUUAGCUGGAGGUGGGACUCCGCCGUUGUGGACGUUAUCAAGAGUGCCGUAAAACGAUUAGAUUCGUACUUGAACCCUUUCCGUAAACACCUCGCGGAAAGUGACGGCGUUUCUGAGAACCAACGGCGGCGACGAGAGGAAGAGGGAGAUUGGGAUUGGGAUCGAUGGCAAAAGCACUUCGAACAAGUCGAUGAACAAGAACGGCUCCUCUCCCUUUUGAAGGCACAGUUAUGUGAAGCUGUAUGUAAAGAAGAUUAUGAGGAUGCUGCUAGGUUAAAAGUUGCAAUUGCAGCUGCUUCUACAAAUGACACUGUUGGCAGAACCAUGUUCCAUUUAAAUAAAGCAGUAGUGGAAGAACGUUUCGAGGAUGCAGCAUUUUUACGAGACACUGCCGGUACUGGAUUGGUUGGAUGGUGGGCUGGUCUAUCCGAUGAUACCAAAGAUCCUCAUGGUCUAAUUAUACGUAUAACUGCCGAGCAUGGCAGAUAUGUCGCUAGGAGUUUUAGUCCUAGGCAACUCACUACUGCAUCGGUUGGUAUGCCCUUAUUUGAGAUCUUUCUUACUGUAAACAAGAAAGGUGAAUACAAACAGCAGGCAGUGUACUUGAAAAAGAGGAGGGUUUUCCCAGAUCCUUCAAAGGUGUCUUCUAAAACAUCAGGAGCCACAAGUCGCAGGGGUUCAUCAGUCUCCAGUGAAGACAAAAGUGAUCUUUUUGUUGUGAGCACAGAAGAUGAUGAAGAUGGUGAUUAUGACGAUGAUGAUGAUGAUGUUGCAGAAGAUGGAUCUGAUGUGGGUGAGGGACUAACUAGUUUUCAGAAUUUACUGCAAGAUAUGAUUCCUGGUGUGAAGGUCAAGGUCUUGAAAGUCAGUGCACCCGGGAAAGUGGACCAAGAUUUUAUAUCUAAGGUGAUUGAGCAGAUCAUUGAAGAAGACGACGAAGAUAAAGAUGCUGAGGUGGAAAGUAUAGAUUUGGAUGAUGAACUUAAGAGUGAAAAUGACCAUGAGAGAGAUCAAUUUGAGAUGGAUGUUGAUAGCGGGUUUAUUGAUAGUGAUAAGCAAGGUGAAAUUGCAGUUAAAGUUGUCGUUGGUGGUCUUGUAGAAAAACUUUCUGGCAGUGUACCUGCAUUGGACUCAGUUAGAGUGCCUGCUAAGCUAGUGAAAAAGGGGCAACUAACAUUUUCAUUUUCUAUAGAAGAAGACGUAAACCAACAAGAUUCUAGUCUCAAGACAAAGGGUUCGACGGAUAGGAAACCAAAGGCUCAAAGUCAACGUAGCGUAGAUAACAUAAUGUUUGAUCUUGCUAAAUUUAUUGGCAGUGGCAGAGACAAGAUACCUUUGAAGUUGCUGAAAGAUGUUGGCGAAUUAAUAAAUCUCACUCUCAAUCAAGUUCAAAAUCAUCAACCACUAUCUGGAUCAACAACUUUCCAUCGCAUUGAAACUGCAGCAUCACCAGAUCCUCUAAAUGGACUAUAUGUCGGUGCACACGGGCUUUACACUUCCGAAGUCAUUCAUCUUAGACACAAAUUUGGCCAGUGGCAAGGGGAUAGUGGGACUAAGGAGCCUUCAGAUCUUGAAUUUUACGAAUAUGUGGAAGCUGUAAAACUAACUGGGGAUCCUUAUGUGCCGGCAGGCCAGGUGGCAUUUCGAGCCAGAGUUGGUAAAAGAUAUCAGCUCCCACAUAAAGGAAUAAUUCCUGAAGAAUUUGGAGUGGUUGCUCGAUAUAAAGGACAAGGGAGGCUUGCUGAGCCAGGCUUUCGAAAUCCACGAUGGGUUGAUGGUGAACUUGUCAUUCUUGAUGGGAAGUACAUCAAAGGAGGGCCUGUAGUCGGAUUUGUAUACUGGGCUCCUGAAUAUCACUUCUUGGUGUUCUUCAAUCGAAUAAGACUUCAACCAUAGUUGGCUGUACAUAAUAAUCGAGCAUGUUUAUUAUUUGGUUCGGAUAGCUUGGGUUCAGCAUGUUAUUUGUCACCCUAUGGUAUAGCAGCAAAAAGAAUGGCAGAGAUUUUGGGAUACAUAUUGACACCAUUGGAGUUUCUCAAGAUUCAGCAACCACAAAAAGCUCAAGAUUCAGCAACCAUAAAAAGAAAGGUAUUUGAGCAGCCUAGGUUCUUGAGAAUCCCUUUCCUAUGUAGUAAGUUUGCAUCAUAUAACCAAAUUUAGAGCCCUAUCUGAAUCAUCAUAGCCAGCCAUAGUUAUAGCUUUGAGUUGCUGUAAAUUCUACUAUUACUAUAAGAGGAGUUGAAAUGCUGAAAGGCUUGUGGAUGAUGGCCUUAUUUUGUGAUGCAACGCAGCUACCAGAUAAAGCUUCAUAACUGAUAUGUCUGUCAA